AUGUUGAGCUCACUCUCACCUUCAUUCCAACCCCAUCUUCUCCCAACAAACCGCACUCUCCUCUUCUUCCCACUCUCACUCUCACUCCCCCAAUCCCAAACCCACAAAUUCUCAAACCCACUUCUCAUCCCCAACAACAAGAGCUACCCACAUCUGGUUCUUCUAGCCAAAUCUCCCAACUCAGACCGAGCCCCAAAAAAGGCAGAGGAACAGAAAUGGACCCACGAAGGCUCAAUCACCGAGUCACUCCCCAACGGCAUGUUCAGGGUUCGGUUGGACAACCAAGACUUAAUCCUCGGUUACAUUUCUGGUAGCAUCCGAAAGAAUUACAUUCGUAUACUACCUGGGGAUAGAGUGAAAGUUGAAGUCAGUCGCUAUGACUCCACAAAAGGCCGCAUCACCUAUAGAAUUCGCAAGCCCAAAGAAUAA